AUGGCCAAGAAAAGGAAAAACGACGGCGACGGUAUUCGUGUGGGGGGGAAAAUCCUCGACUUGAGUGGUUAUUUAACGAAAAGGCCCAAGCUUGAGGCCUCGCAAUCUUCAACUGACGCCCUUACACUAGCAAAAGAGGGCGUGUCGACAUUAAAUGAGGGCCUAUCAAACUCAAAGGAAGGACUAUCGACAACAAGCAAAGACCCCAAGGCAGGUGGGCGUUUGAAACCAGUCGGCAACCCAAAAUAUUUCGACGCUCGUCAAGCACUCCCGCUUUGGUCACGGCAAGAUGAUAUUCGACAAAGGCUGCGUCAAAACGAUGUCUUGGUUCUUGUCGGUGAGACGGGUUCCGGAAAGAGUACCCAGGUGCCUCAAUUUCUGAUCCAAGAGGACUGGUGUCAAAGGAAGAAGGCCAAAAUCAAGGGAGAUGGGGGCGUGCAGGAAAUGGCUGUGGGAGGUAUGAUCGCAGUCACGCAACCACGUCGAGUCGCUGCAACCACCUUGGCGCACCGCGUGGCCAAGGAGGCCAACAUCCCGGGGAAGAAGAAGGACACGGAGAGACACGGCCCACUUUCUGACGGCAUUGUUGGCUAUUCAGUUCGUUUCGACCACCGCGUUCCGAAAGGCACCAGGAUCAAAUAUGUCACAGAAGGCAUGCUGCUUCAAGAGCUUCUUCGCGACCCGCACCUCCGACAGUACAGCGCAAUCAUCGUGGAUGAAAUUCACGAGCGUAGCGUCGAUGUUGAUCUGCUAUCUGGUUUUCUGAAGCAGAUCCUCUCUGGCGACAAGGCUGGUCGCGGCGGCAUCCCGCUCAAAGUCGUCAUCAUGAGUGCUACGGCGAAUGUCGGCAGCAUCAAGAAGUUCUUUUCUGACGUCGAACCGGAAGGGUCUGAAGAAUAUGCCCCUCCUGCGACAAGACCCAAAACUUCCGUGGAUUUCCUCCAGAUCGAAGGCCGUCAGUUUCCGGUUGAGAUCACGCAUACGCCAAAACCAGUCCCAGAUAUCCAAGAAGCCCUCCUGAGCACACUAUUCAAGAUUCACAAGCAGGAGUCCCUUUUCGACAAACAUGGAAGGAAAGACAUCCUAGCCUUCCUCACUGGUCAAGAGGAGAUUGAAGCUGCCCAGCGCUUGAUCGAAGAACAUGCGGAAACAUUGCCAGCUGGCGUCCCCAAGGUUGUGGUCUUGCCUCUUUUCGGCCAGCUUUCCAUGGAGGCGCAGCACAAAGCUUUCCAGCCUACCAAGGACAAGAACACCAGGAAGAUCGUGUUGGCUACCAACAUCGCCGAAACCUCAGUCACAGUUCCCGGUGUGCGAUUUGUGGUAGACUGUGGUAAGGCGAAGGUGAAGCAAUACAGACCUCGAUUGGGCAUGGAAUCACUCUUGGCCAAGCCGAUCUCCAAAUCUUCAGCUAUUCAGAGGACUGGUCGUGCUGGCAGAGAAGGUCCUGGAAAGUGUUUUAGACUCUACACAGAGGAGACUUACGAAUCGCUUGAGAAGACAGACCUCCCCGAAAUUCUCCGGACGGAUGUGCUCAACGCUGUGCUGACAAUGAAGGCGAGAGGAAUUGACGAUGUACUGGCUUUUCCCCUCAUGGACCCCCCAGAAUUUGAGUCGGUGGAAAAAGCUUUGCUUCAUCUUCAUAUUCUCGGCGCGCUGGCAGAUGAUGGGUCCAUCACGGAUAUCGGGCGCAAGAUGGUCAUGUUCCCCGUCCCACCGCCAUAUGCUCGUGUUCUGAUCGCAGCAGCAACCCCAAAAUACGACUGCCUGCUAGAGGUUAUCGACAUCAUCUCGUGCAUCACGGCAGGUGACGACAUUUUUCUUCAGAUCCAGUCAGAGGAGACCAAGGAAGAAGCCGAGGAGUUCAGGAAAGAGUUGCGGAGGAGAGAAGGUGAUCUCAUUACGUACCUGACCACGAUCCAGAAAUACAGCGCCGAGAACGCCGAUAGAGCACGCUGGUGCAAGGACAGGAAGAUCAACACCAGGAAUAUGAAGCAAGCGAUGAAUAUUCGAAAACAGCUGAGGCAGCUUUGUGUUAGGCAAAAGAUGAUGGAACAUCCGCCUGCGGAUCCGCAGCCUUUCUACCCUAUCACGCCAGAGAGAUCCGCUACGAUAUUGAAGUGUUUCCUGAGGGGUUUUGCGCUCAAGACGGCAAUUCUGGCGCCGGAUAACAGUUAUGUGACGGCGCAUGGGAAGCAUGUGGUGGCUGUCCACCCGGCUAGUGUGCUCCACGGGCAGAAGAAGGAGGCGGUUAUGUUUUUGGAGCAUGUGUAUACGCAAAAGAAUUAUGCGAAGAAGGUGAGCGCCAUAGAGGCGCAGUGGAUUGUGGAGGCGGUGGAUAGGUCGGGGUGA